CUCGUCACAAUGCAGUACUUAUACUCUUAUCUAUACGAGGUGUCUUGGAAAUAUCUUGGCAGCCCACUGGGAAUAUCUCGAACGUGGGCGGCCAAAAUCUGUCACCAGUUCUGUUCAGUGUCCUCUGUCUCUUCUCCGAUAUCAGAAAUAACAGCGCAGUUGUGCGAAUUACACCCUUUCCAAAGGACAGGACCACCUGUCGAACUGUUACGCUAAUGGCAUCGAUGUGCAACUUCCAUCAUAGUUCAGCCAUACAGAUGCUUGCCGAUCCGUGAGGCUGUGUCUUCUCUUUUUGUCCGAGAUGUACACCUGUGGCGUCUAGUGCCUGCUAUAUUGGGAUGCAAUCUAUUCUACAUAAGCCUCGGCGUAUGGAGAAUGUCGUCUUGAUCUGCCACUCGCCAAAACGUCUGAACUGGCCUGAGCAAACCCCUUGCUGGCUGUGAUUUUCACCGAGACUCUCACACUCUCUCGUCAAGAUGCCGCCAUGGUACAACAUCGAGUUGCCUUCCCUUCACCACUAUGACAACCCGCCCGACCUCGACGUCGCCGACGAGCGAAACCCAUCGCCCCAGCCACAUAUCUCGGAUUCUAGAACGCACAAUGCGCCAUGGGCGUCGAGAGGCACGCUAAACGACAGUGCGGAUAAUUUGUGGCGCACCGAUUCCCCGCCCUCCACCGCCGCGGGUCAUCAAGAUGCCCGGACGCCAAUACUCAGCCAGCAUGAGACGUUCAGGUGCAGCGUGGGCACCAAGUCCCCUCUCCAGUCAAAAAGAGAGCGGUUUCUGAUGACCUGGUUGACCUGCGCUGCCGCUGUCGUCUCGACGAUCUUUUCGGUGUACUAUUCAUACACGGUGCUCGUGAGUGAAAGAGCUGUCCCUCAAGCGCUGAGUCUGUCGCCGGGGAAAACGGUGAUGGCUAUUAACGUGCUAUCCCAUGUGGUGGCGUACCUAUUAUGGAGCUUAAUUACCGAUGCGAACGAAGAGCUGCGGUGGUCUUUGGCAUGUCGCCCGCAGGGUGUUACCUUGACCAGCUUUCUGGUGCUGAGCAGAGCCACGCCGUUGCACGGUGUGGCGUACUUAUGCACUGUAUGGGGUGGGCAUAUACUCUGGGCAUUGCAGAAGAUUAUUGCAAUGGGCUUGGUCACCCUCCUCGGCCUAGUCUUGAUCACUGAUGUGACGUUCAAAAAUAUGUAUACAGCCGUUCAUUCCGCCGCUCAGGUCCCUGUCAUAGCUGGCCUUGCUCCCCUGUCCAUCAAAUUUCUCCCUUAUGUUAACCCGGCUUUGAUCAAUGUGUACGCAGGCAGCUAUACAUACGGCUUCCUCACCGAUCCCCGCUUUGUCGCAAAUAUGGAACCUAUAAAGUGCGAAGGUGAUACGUGCCUCUCAGUAUUUCUGCCUGGGGGACUCCACACUGUAAGGGUGGCCAGCGGAGACAAGAAUUCCACAUUAUUCAAGGAUGAACUAGGUGCUGGGCAGUAUGAGAGCAUCAUUAUUAACCAGGCCCCGGGAUACCAGGUAGAGUUCUAUGACUUACCAGCCAAUUAUAAAUUUAAAAGCGAGGACUGUACAAUAUAUAUCGAUCAUAUUGGAUAUUCUAAUUACGGACUCUAUGUCUGUAUAGCCACUCAUGGCCCAGACCUACUCUCUGGCUGGACUGUAUGUCCCACAGAUGCAGGAGUCGGAAACUGCGGCCAGAACACAACCUGGACGGAGAAGUACCCUAUGGACCAAGCCACCACAACCUCUAUGUAUAAGCGUUACGCCACUGUCGCCUACGACGCAAAAAAUAUGUCUAUCUUGAGCAUUGAACGCCUCACUUCUCCGCAAGCAACCGCCAUCGACGCAGAUAUAAUACGCACCUACUUCGGCAUCGUGAUGAAAGAUCAGCCGGCCUUUGCCAACUCUACCGCCCCUGUAUUUUCGAGCGCUAACUCCACGACCCCCAUCUUCAAAAGCAACAGCGAAGCAUCCAACGCUUGCACCUCCUACACGGUUCAAUACGGUAUCUUCUGGAUCCUGAGCCUGUAUAGGUCGGACUUCAACUCGUACGCUGAUGGCGGGCUCGCGGUCCUGCGCGGCUUCCUGUCUAUCCCGCUGCAGUUUUCGACGGAGAUCUGGCAGCAAGCUGCCAUGGAUACGCUGCCCGAUGAUCUCAGAGUCGAUGCACAGCUAUCGCGCGUCAGCUACCGAGCGCUCAUUCAGGCAUGGACGGUGUACAUAUUCGGCGGAUCGGCAUUUCUCGUUCUUGCAUGGUGCAUAGGGUGCCUGUGGUGGUGCUACCUUGGGCCACACACCCCGAACUCUUCGUACUUUCCAGAGAUAGACAUUACCUCCAAGGGCACGAGUCCCGCGGCCGCCGUGAGACGCCCCGACGGUAAUUAUGCGUCGAGUAUGCGAUCAGGACGCGCGAGCAGCCGCACAUUACACUAUCCACAGUUUGGACCGUUUGAGAAGGGUGUCGAGCAGGAGGAAGAGCUGGAGGACUUGGAGUACCUGAUGCGAAAGUUGGGGCUCGGGAACGGCAUGUCGAGGGCUGUGGUGAAAGGGGUUAAGGGGAAGAGGAUAUACUGCGGGGCAUAUAUAGGGGAGAUGGGGGAGGCGGAUCAUAUUGUCAUUGUGACAGAGAAGGACAGGGUGAGGCCGCUGGUUAAGAACAAGCUGUACUGCUGAUGUUGGCUUGGCAAAUAGGUGGGGGGAGGGAUCUGGAGUUGGCGGGAGGAAUGUUUACGCUUAUACGACUAUGUAACUUAUAAUGGUGGGACGGCUGGAUAAAUUAAUGAGCCACGAAUUUCAACUUCAUACGAG